ACCGCUGGGAGCGCUCUCAUGCUCCGGUUAUUUUUAUAACCUUCCGGUAGUGGGCUUUCUGCCGAUUCUGCUAACAGACAAAUUUUCCCAUGGCCCGUGGAGCCUCCCGGAGUUGAAGGGUUUUUCAUCAGUAGGGAAAACCGUUAAAAAAGCGAAUAAAAUCACAAGAAGAUUAGACUCAUAUUGCGUGUGUGUUCUGGGUUCGUGUGUGAAGCUGUGCGGAACCGUAGUGGGCAAAAAAGCAUUUCCAGCACCACUACUUGCAACGCAAAGCAGAGGGUCUGCCUAUCACGGCCGAGCGAGUGAUUUGUGUCUUCGAUUAGCAGUGACUGGCGAUCCGUGUGACGUGUGCUGACGACGAAAGCGUGAGGCUCGUGUGGAUGUGAUGUGCGGGUAUCGUGUGCCGACCAGCUGUGGCAGCUGCACGCAAUGUACGCGAGGAACGCGCAGCUCAGAAUGAGGAAGGACCCGUGCCGAGUGCAGAAGAGUGCGCAGCAGCAUCAGUCGCGUCGGUCGGAACCGGGCUCGGUGGUGUGCGGUGGUGUGAAGCUUCCCAGUGCGUUCGUAGCUGUAGGUGGCGUCCAGCGUGUCGCCCGACGUCCCGCGACCAUUGGGUGUGUGCGCAAUCGAAUCACAAGCCGUCAAUGAGUCACGUUCGUUCCAACCAGAGACUUCAGGAGCCGUACGAGCAGGAGUGGCAGCAGGAACGCGAGGAGUGGUACCGUGGUAGCAGUGAGCGUAGUAGCGAGGACCGGUCAAGGUCGUCGCAGCAGCUGCGGCAACAGCCGCGGCAACACCAGCAACAGGAGGACGAGGACUCCAUCGAGGAAGUGGUACGGUUGCACCAGCAACAGCUACUCCAGCAGCAGCUGCAGCAGAACCAGCACUACCUAGGGCCCGGAUCCGGUCCAUCGGUUCGGCGACGGUCGGCUGGGGUGCAAGUAGGGGGCGCGAGCGGCUGUAGUGGGGGUGUCGGGGGACGGGGGUUUGUUGCGGCGGUGGGCGGUGUUGUUGGGCAGGGAUUUCUUGCACUACGGCGCACGCGGGUCCGGGCCGGUUGCGCCUCAUAGCACGGCCGGAACGGCGCUGCCAACAGCCACAGCCCGAAGCUUGUCGUCGUUUCACGCGCUCGACGUAGACUAAUGCAGUGGCGGAAGUUCGCACGGCUGAAAACGACUGCUACCGGACAUUCGCGCACGCGAAGAAUGCUUUGUUGUGGCCGAAGAAAGGAAAAUGGAAGAUCUGUGCCUGACCUCACUGCAAGCCCCGGGCGGGCACCGCCGGGUCCGAUGCCUUCGCACCAGGCGCAGGCUCUCCAGCAGCAGCAGCAGCAACACCAGCAGCAACAGCAGCAGGGCCUGCAGGGACACCAUCAGCAGCAGCAGCAGCGACAGGGUUCGAAGGAACCGGUCCUGCUGCAGGGUGACUUCCGGAAGGUGUCCGGCAUCAGUUCGGAGAUCUUCCGGCAGAUUGAGGCGGUGGAGAAUGACCACGAUCCGAGCACCGCGGCCGCUUUGGAGGUGGUGGAGCGAAGGGGCGAAAUGAUAGUUCGUAUCCUGGAGCCUCGAUGUAUGGGCAGUCGGCAGGCCAUCGAUGCGGGGCAGAAGUUCCUCAACAAGAGUGACGCCAGGCACACUGUUCAGCUGGUGGAGAUCGUCAAACGGCCGGGCCAAACACUGGGACUGUACAUCCGCGAAGGCAACGGUGCGGACCGGUCGGAUGGCGUGUUCAUAUCUAGGAUAGCUUUAGAGUCGGCCGUUUACAACAGCGGUUGCCUGCGGGUUGGUGAUGAGAUUCUGGCCGUGAAUCUGGUCGACGUAACGCGAAUGUCUCUGGAUGACGUGGUAAUCAUCAUGUCAAUACCGCGCCGUCUCGUACUGGCCAUCCGCCAGCGGCGUGGCAAUCGUGGUGCAAACUCGCCCGGUCCGCCACAGAUGUCUCGGCCCGAGCAAAAACCACCUCCAGUCGUAGUUAUCAAGCGCGACCUGCGGGACGAAGAUCUGGACGACUCGGACCGGGCACCACGCUCCUCGCGAUCUUCCCGCGAACGUCGCACCGGGGAUGGGCGCGAAAUGACGGAGUCACGCUCGCGACUCGGACUGGGCCUAAACAAUUACAGUCCACAGAGCGAACAGCUGGAUCUUUACUAUGGCGCGGGCCGUGGUCCAGGCGGUGGACCAGGUUCGGUUGAGACACCGAGCUGGGGCUACAAACCACCGGCACCACCAUCGUCGGUGAUUACGGAGCAGCCGAAGGGUAUGCACGGUGGCUUCCAGACAUCGCACUCCUAUUAUCAAAAUGCCGGGACGCUCGAAAGCCUCGCGGAGAAGGUACACGCGUUCUACCCGUCGGCCACCACUAACCGCCGCAUGUCGGCGGGCCCGGCCGGGGUUGCGAUGAGCCAGUCGCAUCAGCGUUUCCCACGCAGCGGAUCCGAUCAGCAUCUGCCGCGUGUGGAGUACGCUGACUACGCGUCCCUCGGACGGCAUCCGCUGCUGGCACGCUCCAGUCUCAAGUCGGAUUUGGUCGGAGCGGCUCCAAUCGCUGGCGGUACACUCGGACGAUACGGUCGCUACGAUGCGCCUCCGCAACCUCGGGGUCCCAAGUACGGUCCAUCGCCGCUGGGAGCGACUGCCUCACUGCAACGCCGAUCACGUCCCGCGCUAGACUAUUCCAGCGACACGGAGGCGACUAUCGGACCGCGGCCCAGCUACUACUACUACAAUCAUCCGGCAAUGGCGGCCAGCGGUACGAUGGGACGGGGCAGUACGCAGGCACUCGGCGGAGGUCCUGAGUUUGCCAAGUUUAACUCGUUACCGCGCGAACGACCCGGUGCGACACGGUUGGGUCUUCGGGGGCGCAUCACCGACCGGCUGCAGGACGAAGCGGAUGGUAAUGUGUCCGCUCCGGAGUACUCACUGCCGAUCCGGCGAGAUAUUCGCGACCUGCGCAAUCGCAUCACGGCCAGCCCGUCGAUCUUUACGUCGGAUGAGUAUCGGGCGUGGUUGAGGCGAGCACCGAGCAGUUCGGCCAUCUGUGAGCAGAUGCGUGCUUCGCGGGAUCUGCUCAAUCAGCAGCGAGCCCACCGGUUCUCGUGCAGUGCGGAGAACAUCCACGACGUGCUGAAGAACACCGAGCACAUCUACAGCAGCCGGACGGGACUGGGGGUGGGCGGAGGUGGUGGAGUCGUUGGUGGUACGCUGGACCGUCAUUCGAUGGCGGCCGGAGGUCCUCGCAUGUCUUCCCUGCCAGUACGCUCACUGUCCUCGCAGCACAUCGGUGGACCGUCCUCGAUUCGGUCUCCGAGUGUGCGGCGCAUGAGACAACUGUUGGAGCUAACGCAGGGCGCCGGUGUGGGUGGAGUGCCGGGAUCGGUUAUGGCGGCACUGGCCGGACAUCAGAGUCCGGCACCAACGCCCAGUACGACACUGCCAAGAGCGCACCGCCAGAUCGACAUCAAUCCGGCGGAGUACACCAAGUACAAGCUGGACAAACCGGUCGUGGAUGCGGUCGGCAUGUCGGGCAUGCUGUGGAUACAUCUGCUGGCCGGACGCGGUCUGCGCGCGAUGUCGGAAACGUCCCAGAUACAGCAGCCGCUCAUACGCGAUCUGUACUGUGUGCUGGAGUGUGACCGCAUCCACAAGGCACGCACGGUGGUACGGUCGGGCGAUCUGCAGUUUGACUGGGACGAAUCGUUCGAGCUGGAUCUCGUGUGCAACAAGCAGCUGGACGUGCUCGUUUACUCGUGGGACCCGCAGCACCGACACAAGCUGUGCUAUCGUGGUGCGCUUUCGCUCACGACUCUGCUACGACAAUCACCGAUACAUCAGCUAGCGCUUAAGGUUGAACCGAGAGGCACCAUCUAUCUGCGACUCCGGCACACGGAUCCAUUCCAACUGUUCCGGCGUCGCGGUCUGCCAAGCCUCCGAGGCAACGUUCCGGCUCUGUUCGGUGCUGAUCUGGAGACGGUGGUAACGCGAGAAUCCAAGGGAGCGCCAGGAAGUGCUCCGGUCCCGAUCAUACUGCGCCGUUGCGUCGAGGAGGUAGAGCGACGAGGUUUGGACAUUAUUGGUCUGUAUCGUCUGUGUGGUUCUGCCACCAAGAAGCGAUUACUACGCGAGGCAUUCGAGCGGAAUAGUCGUGCCGUUGAACUGACACCGGAACACGUGCCCGACAUUAACGUCAUCACGGGCGUGUUGAAGGACUAUCUCAGGGAACUGCCGGAGCCACUGUUCACCAAGUGUCUCUUCCAGAUGACGGUGGAUGCCCUAGGUAGUGUUUGCCUGCCGGACGAUCCCGAGGGUAAUGCCAAACUUAUGCUCAGUAUUCUGGACUGCUUGCCACGAGCGAACAGGGCCACUCUCGUGUUUCUCCUCGACCAUCUGUCGCUGGUCGUGUCCGCGUCCGAGCGUAACAAAAUGUCUGCCCAGGCGUUGGCGACCGCGCUCGGACCACCGCUGAUGCUACAUUCGGCGAGCGUCGGCGCUAACGAGGAGAUUGAUCACGCACAACCGAUCGCGGUGCUGAAGUACUUGCUGCAGAUCUGGCCCCAGCCGGGUUCGGGCACGGGCGCACCUACUUCAGGUCGGCGCGGCGAGCCAGUCGAGCCGCGUGGAAACAAAGCCAGUGCGUUGCCAGCGGGCAAAUCGGCGGCGGCGGCGGCGGCGGCAUCGUCGGCGGCGCUGCAGCAGCUGGGCACCAGCAGCAGCAGCAGCAUCAGCCACCGCAGCAGCAGCAGCUCCAACAUCCAGCAUCAGCUGCACAGCAGCAGCAGCACCAACUUGGCGGGCACCAUCAGCUCCAUCAGCAGCAGCCGCAGCCCGCACGCCCUGGCCAGCAGCAGCAGCAGCAGCAACAUCCAGUCGUCGGUACCACCGUCUAUACAGCCCCGUUCAGCAGCCAACAAUCCAUCAACCACAUCCUCAACGCUCGGUCAGCAUCUGCUCUCAGCCACUCCCAGCACUCUUCAGUAUCAAUCAGUAGUGGCUCAGUUAGCUCAAUCGCAUCGAGCCUUGCAACAAGCGGGCCAACAGCCCCAUCAAUCGGAGGUCUCAGCGGGCUUGGCGGAGCGCGUCCAAUCGCCACAUCACGCCACACCCUCCCCAAGCUCUAGUUCCACUUCGUCCGCAUCCGGUUCGGGGUCGGGUACUGAUACAAUUAAACGUGGAGCAUCACCUGCCUCGGUCAAGUUCAAGGAGUCUACCAGCAGCUACUCACUCAAGUCUGACACACAGAGCCGCAUUUUGGCCAGCUCGAGACAGCACCAGCCGCCCGGCACCUCCCAAUACUCGAACGGAUCGGGCAGUAACGGAGGCAUCGGAACGACUGCUUCAACGUCGUACGCGACGGAUCUACUCCACGCCCGUACUAGCUCGCUGUUUGCAGCGUCUGCCGGGUCCGACUACCUAUCGUCGACAUCGUCGAUCGCGUCGUCCGUUGCAUCGUCAGCGGCAGGUGCUGGGCCUGCCACAUCGGCCGCUGCCGCUGCUUCGUCUUCUUCCGCCGGUCUGUACGGUAAGGUAAGCUCGGCGUCCGGAGUAACCUCUGCCCCGGUGACCAGUACGCUCAACAUCACCACGUUCAGUUUGGAUGAGAAGAACAACUUGGUAGUAUCACCGUCACCUUCGUCGGCUUCCGAGUCAUCGUACCGAUCGUCCAGUCCAGCCUCAAGCAUACAGCGUGACAAGUCACCGAACAAGUCGGGAUCGCCCUCCCCGUUGCGUCGUCAGGAUCCGCUCGAUCGAGCUGAUAGCUUGCCCGCUACCGGUACGUCUACCGCGUCCACGUCGGGCACAGCUGCAGCGACAGCACCAUCAACGACGGCGGCCUCCUCUAGCGGUGGUAGCUCGUUUAUGUCGUCGCUAAGAUCUCAAACGCUCGGAAGCUAUCAGUUCCCGUCGACGAAUCUGAAGCUGACCAGUCAGCUGAGCAGUGGAUCUUCCGGUCAGGACACGUCGGACGAUGGCAGUACAUCGUCGCUGUUGCGCAAGCUCACCUCAUCACUUUCGCGUACGAUCGUGAGCAAUACGGGCACUCUACCGUUGUCGUUGGGUCGGGAAAAGCUGGCCGAACUGUCCUCAACAGGGCCGUCUGGAACAGCCGCGGCUGGCAGUAGCUCAGCGGGAGCUUACUCUAGUAGCAGCGGAAUAGGUAGUAUAAGCAGCAGCAUUAGCAGCAGCAUCGGUGGCAGCAGCACCAGCAACACCAGCAACAGCGGCAGUGGACUUCGCACGAUGAGUUCUUCGCUAGGGUACACGGGCAUCGGUAGUGGGGCGUCCGUGCUCGAUGGUGGCAUGUCGGCGGGUGGGUCCGGCUCGGUAACGACAGCGGCCGCUGUUACGAGCAUGAACCUGUACGGCACACUGCCCAAGAACUCGUCCAUCUACUCGUCGUACGGCGUCGGUUCGGGUACGUCCGUGAGCACGUCGGGCAGUGGGUUUUCAGGGUUGCUGUCCGGUACGACCAGCUCGUACGGCAUCAGUGAGCGGCUUCGGGCGCUCACUUCGGGCAGUGGUAGCGUUGGUGGCGACGGUGGUGGCGACGGUGGUGGCACCGGUUCGACCAGCAUCGACAGUGGCGCCGCCGGAUCGUCGGCCGGUGAUCUCGAAAGCAGCGGGUACGAUUACGAAUCGUCCGGCUUUUCGUCCGCAUCGUACAGUGGAAUGGCUACGAGUGGGGCCUCGAUCGGAUCCGGUGGUGGUCUGUCUUCGUCGUACUUUAGCACCGGAAGUAACAGUAGCCCGUUUGCUACGGUGUCGGGCGGUGGCGCUGGGACGAAAGGCGCGGACACAAACCCGUACCGGGUCCAGUAUGCCUCCACCAAUCCUUUCCUGCCUAGCUUUAAUCCGCCGAGUGAUGGUAGUAACGGUAGUCGUGGCGACACAAAGACAUCCAUCGACGAUGAACCAUUUGACAUGAAGUAAAUGUUGCAGGGUGCGAACCAACAGUCAGUAUUACCAAGACAAACCCCCUUAGGACAUGUUUGAAUUUUUGCGUUCAGAUAGAGCACAUUAAGACAAAACAAUCAAUUAUUCGUUAUUUUAAAUUACUUUCGAUAGUGUAAGAGAGGUAGUGGACACGAGUGGACGAAAAAACCCAGUUUGACCUAACAAACCGUAAGAAAAAGCAUUGUAGUUCUAUUAAAUGAUCUUACCGCUCUUGGAGUGAAAGUUCGUCUAGUUCGAAUUUUUCCCAAUGGUGGAGCGAAACAUCCACAUCAACAUACAAUUACUGUUAGUUGUUUACUUUCGUUGUAAACCUAAAAGAGUUAUGUUCGUGUUAUAAUUGUUGAGCAUAAUUAAGGUGACACUUUGUCUCGUCAAAGAUUGAUGCGAGUCGAAAUCGUAAGGAAAAUCGUUCGUUUUCCCCCCUUCAAAAACGGAAGUCUCCGAUAGUCGAAAAGCGAAACAACACAUACAACAUUUAAUCAUAAAUAAGGUGGUAAAGAAAAGCAAAGCAACAACAAAAAAAAAAUACCAAAAUUCGAUCGCUAAUACGAAAACACAUAGACAAAUUUUCACGUAUAUUCGAUACACGCUUUAACCGUGACCAUGUGGACUAACUAGUGUGCAAUCAGUAGCAACCAUGUGCUUGCUGCGGGAUGGCCGCGUGAACCAUCUUUUUCCUAACGCCCAUUAAGGGAGCAUAUAAGGCAAUAUUGAUUCAAAAAAAAACUUGCGGAAAAAAAAAUUCUAGCGACAUCGCCAUAGUAAUAGUCAUAUACAAAAGAAGAAAAGAAGAAAAAGGCAAACAGAGGGCAAAAGUGCAAUAGAAUAGAGCGUGCGUACGCUGAGAAAAGGAAAAUUCAAACAGGAAAAAUUAGAAAGAGAAAAAACGAAACACAAUUAGGAGAAGCGACACAUACAAUAAUAUAAAGUGAAACCGAACAAGACUAACACAACACAAUUUGCCUGCGUCACCGGCGCUCGUGGGCGGUACUUGGCUUGGCCGGACUUGAGCAAAACACAAUUACAAUGCUAAACACUGUUUACCUUUUUUAAACGUUGGCUUUAAAUCCAUCAGCCUACAGUUAGAAAAGAAAACAUCCCCUCAUUGCUUGCAGCACGGUUUAUUCGUAAUGCGUGUGUGAAAGAGAGAGAAAGAGAGAGAGAGAGAGAGAGAGAGAGAGGCAGAUAUAGAACAGAAGAUAGAGCUUUCGUUUCGUCUUAUGAGUAUGCGUAGUUAGUAGCGACAGUCUAGUAAAAAUAGUAGCAAAAGUUAGUAAUCUCGAUCAAAAGCGAAGCCACAAACACGAUGCGUGUUGUGCGUGUGUUAAGUUUGUUAAAGCGCCCGGUAGGUGUAUGUGUGUGACUGUGUGUGUGUGGCAGUUUCUGUUAGUGUACUACAUACAUAGACUAGCGAAUACGACGGUAUCAAUGUUGAGGUUUUUUUGGUUUUUAGUACCUUUGCUCCUUGGUUUUCCUCUCUCUCUGUAAAUAGCUCAUGAAAUGAGGGAAAAUGGAAGGAAACUAAUGAAGAAAAAACAAGGCAACGAAUAACAGUUAAACAAUACAUACAUACACACAUUUACUCCAGACGGAUCAGUCGCUCAUUGUAUCAUCUCUCGUACAGUGUUUCUCGGGGGCCAUAACACAAGUGUCUACUUGCUUAAAACAGUGUGUGAUUUUGGCGUAACGAAUCAAACCACAAUUCAGAUUUAAACACAGAGAUACUCGUUUUAUGGCACUGUGCGAACACUUUUAUAGCACAAGAAUACUAGGCAAGAAUGGUAAUUCUAAAGUCAUAUUAUGCAGACCCUUGUUCCCCUUAUCUUAUGGUGUCAUGGUCGGCGGAGGACGUGUUGAGCGUAUAGAUAAUCGUAUGGAACAUUCGCACACCACCACCACCACCACCACUACAUCUUUCUGUCCACUUGCUUCCUCUAAAACCAUCUCCAAGGCGAGAUCGCUGCCAUACACUACCGUACUAAUGUUGCGCAUUUAAUGUCAAUUUUAUGUCGUGUUUAGAGCAGCCAGCGGAAGAACAGGGAUGAUUAAAAGAAAGGUGGUAGAUUGUUGUUUUGUUUCUUAGUACUAAAAGAGAGAGAGAUAGAGAGAGCGAGAGAGCGAGAAUCUCAUCAUAACUCUGAAGCGUUAUGUGUUGUCUUGCGUUACUUUGAAGGAGUUUUGCCUAAGAAUUGAACCGCGGCGAAGGAAUUGAAGGCGUGGGGUUAGUUGAAGUCAUCUGGAAGGCCAGGAAGGACACACACACACACACACAGUCUUGUAAGCAGUAAGCAAACGGCAGUAAUGCAAUGUCUUGAAUCAAAAUUAUUAAUCCUAAUUGUUCUUCAACUUUUAUCCCGUGUACUAAGGGCACUUGAAGCUUUCCUGUUGAUUUGAUUUUAAACUGUUAGUAUGUGUGUGUGUGUGUGUGGCUAACAUAUACACAGGAAUGUUAAAGCAUGAUCGUUUUAUGUUUCGCCUUUUUUAAAUAGAAAACGUUGAAAGGGAAAACUUUACAGUGGACAAAAUUUUCUCAACCUCUCCCCCCCCAAGUUCGGAACGAUCAUUACAAUUACGCAAAAGCUUUAACAAUAUUAACACUAAUCUAAUAAUACUAAUCGAGAGAAAAAUAUGAGGGCAAAGCAAAGCAAGCACAGAAGAAGAAACACCGAAGCCUGGAACCGAUGCUUGGACGCUUGUUGAUUGUGCUUUCUUCCCCUGGUUCGGAUGGAAAAUGGGGGGAAAAAUAUCCCCCACCCCACGUUAAACACCAUAAUCGUACGUCUCAUUAGUAUCCUCGCCGUUAUACGAACUAAUCCGCACUCGAUCGAUAGCUGUAAAUAUGGAGUCAAUUUCGUUAGAAUUGUGUACCGUCGGAAAUUGAGGAGCAAUUUCUUGCGGUGCUGGAAAAAAAUAGACAAACUGGACAGACAAAUUGGACAUAGGACUCUUAGAAAUACGCUGACUGACGGAAAUGAUAUUAGAAAGAGAGAACAACAGAGAGGGAAGAAAAAUCCAUCUUGAUAGUGGCAAACAAACAUACUUACGCAAUUACGAACUAGCUCUAACAAGAAACAACAUCUAUCCAUCAUCUUACAAUUUUAACAAACUACUAACUAACUCUUCAAAGAACAAACAAGUCAGAUGAUCCCAUUUUUGUUGCGUGCGCUAUGUGGAGUUUUGUAGUUUGUAGGGCAGACUCUUAACACCAAAAACAUACAUCAUUCCAAGUAAAGAAACGAACGAGGGUAAGGAAGACUAAAACAAAAACGCAUAGAAACAAGCGAAACUCCAUUUAAAACUGAAAACUGCAUAACCAUUACUACUCCAUAAAGAAAACCCAACUACCGUUACUACCGUUACAAGUCGUGCAAAAGGUUUUUUGCAAUAGUUUUUAUCUCACAUAUUGUCUGCUUGCAAAGGAGGAGGGGCGAGAGAGGGAGUGGAAGAGAGGGAUGGGGAAGGAGGGGAAGUUGUUGGAUAAGAAGAACUUGAUAAUGAUGAGCUAUUGAACAGUAUUUACGUUUCUACUACUGCCAAUGAUUGACUACUACUUGUGAUUGAGUGCCAUUACAGCUCAAUUCAAUCACUUACACAACCUGUUCGCACAACGAUUCAUCAUCGAUCGAACUCACAAAAAAAAAACACAAAAUCAUUCUGACUGGGAAAAUAGAUGGGAAAGGAUCAUGAAAACUCAAACAGGGAUAUCCACGCACAGUACCAAUGUAUGUCCCGGAUGCUUAAGGAUGCAUUCGAUGUGGAGAACCGUGUACCGUGUGUGCUGCCAUUUGUGAGAUGCUCACUCGAAGCUGCCAUCACGAUUUGAAUGCUGAAAAGUCGUUACUAGUGCCGUCUGUCUGUGUUACCAUCGAAGACCGGUCGCUCCGAAAUCGCCCAAAGCCCCGUGAACGUCUGUCUGCCUGUCUGCUUCGUCGUUGUUCCAUCAUGCUGUUGCUGUGUGUUGUUGUUGCUCGUGCUCGUGAAAAAUUACUGGUAAACGUGUUUAGUUUACGCUGGUAAGUGAAGCAAAACCCCCUUUGAAUAUGGUAAGUGUCCCGACCGCAGAGAACUGUGCACCACCUAUCUAAAUCCCAAGUGAAAAGCGAACUGGAGAAGGAAAGAAUCCACUUUCUUGGUGGAAGUGAGAGAGAAAGGAGGAAACACAUACACACCGAAUAUCAUACCGUUUCAUAUCGUCAACUCUACAAAUCACAUUCUUUACACACCGUUUACACACACACACACACACACAUACAUACAUCUACACAUACACUCCCUUUGCGAACGAACUGGUGAUGAGAAUGAUAGGUAUCAAAUAUACAUAUAUAUAUAUACAUAAUAUAUAUAUAUAUACACCAACGUACAUUAUAAAUAUAUUAGCAACAAAAAAGAAGCAAAAAUUCAACUAAAGAACAACCAGGAAAGGAAACCUCCCCAAUCAGCAAACUAUAAGCGCGAAACGAUACGUAUUUCCUAUUUCGGUAUGCACGCAAAACGAGGGAAACAAAAGUAUAAGGGUGGGGAAAAUGUAGCAAAAAAAAUGGUAUAAAGGACACAAGGGGAAAGAGAUUUUUUGCUAUCAGUUUUAGGAGCUUUUUAAAAUGCACCUCUAGCAGCAGCAGCAGCAGCAACAGCAGUGAGAGAAAGAGAGAGAGAGAGAGAUAGGUAGGGAAAAUGUAUGGGAAUGAAUGGUGGGAAGUAAUGAUCAUAAACUGAAACCAUUCGUUAGUCAUUAAUCGAUAGAAGCACCUCGUGUUUUUUACGUUAGAGGCACAUUAGGUCGCUAUCGUUAACAAGGUUCCUUUGUGAGAAGGUGAGAGGAAGGCUUUUGUUUUUACCAUUGAAGGAACUGGGAACUGGCAGUAAUCGAAAUCAGCUGCACCAGCAGAAUUACAUGAGAGGGGUUGUAAUUUUAACUUAGUUACGCCUGAAGGUAUGCUAUGCGUAACGUUCUGAAAUCGUCCUCAACGUAUCCAGCAUAUUGCAUACCGGUCAGGCGCAUCUCUUUCAGGGUGUGGCACGAACCAAUGUGAAUCUUUCGGUCAACCUGUGUCAAUAUUGACUCUUUUUAAAGCAAAUUAUUUGCUCGUGCUUCCUUGAAAGCUGCACUCGAGAGGGUUUGAAAUAAUUGAUUGAAAAUUUGUGGAAAUGUGCAGUAAUGAAGUGACAUGAUUAAGGCAAUCGUGAUGAUCGCAUCAUUUUACCAGCCUUACUUGAGAAAGUUUCUAGCUAACAUCUCAAGGUUUGGCUUGAUGACCUUAAACAUUUUGAAAUAGUCUCAUAGUGUGAAAGACCACCUGUCUUGCCUAUAGGCCAACUUGUGUAACGUUCAUUCCAGUUUUGGCUAAAGGAUUAGAGGGUCUCUAUCCAAACACUAUCCGUUGGGUUUUUCAGUUCGGGCUCAUGAUAAGACCUGAACCUUAAAUAAAUUUGAGUGAAGAUUUAAGAAAUCGUUAAAAAUAUUUCUACCAACAGUUAUCUGAAAUUGAUAAAAAGCAAGGGACACUAUGAGUGAUUUGGUUUAAAUCGACCGUAAAUACCAGACUAUGUAGCAUUGCGUUUGUGCAUUUUUUCUAGCCACACCCUGUGCAAUUGAGGUGUAAUAGACCGCUGCGGUGAAAGGAAAGUCAGGCAAACCUUUUACAAUAUACUUAACAAACAAACAUUCACGCAUUCUCCUCCAUAGGUAACAGCACCCGCCAAUGCUUCCAUGCCAUUUAAUUGAUGUACUCCGGAGGCAUCAAUUUAUGCACCAAAUGACGUGUUUCAUUGUUUUUCGAAAAUCAUUUUAACAUUUUUCAUUCCAUUUUUUCACACUUCAGCCACAAAACAAUGCAUUUAUUGAAGGGCAAAUCUAACUCCAAAAACCAAAGAAUUCAAACUGUAAUUAAUGGAACAAACAACAAACCCACACGGCUAUUAGGGUAAGACGGUCCGGUAAGAAGCAAACUAUAAGUUGUCCGCGCAAAACUUACAGUACUUAACUACUUAAAGAAAUCUAACACAAAACAGCAUCAAUAACUAACCAAGAAAACAGAGGAAAACAGAGAAAAAACUACAACUCGAUGUAUACCAACGCUCUGGUAGUGGCAGAAAACAGAAGAAACGGAAUAAAUUGAAAAAAAACCACAAAACGAAACAACCCGAUGUAUUGAUGCAGGUAGCAUUUAAGUUAAUGGUGAAGCGUUGUUUCUGUGUUGUCUGAGUGUGCAUCGGUAACAUGCUUCAAUGUACAACUUUUGAUCCAGCUGGCGCAACUCGAAAUAAAGGAAAAGAAAAACGAAGAAAAAGUUGGAUACAAAAACAGAGCAAACGAGAAAGCAAAGCAAAGAAACAAACAAACAAACCAACCAAAAACCAACCAAACGAACACAUGGAAACAAAACGGAACAAUCAGCCUACAGCAACUGAAUUUUGCAUUUGAAGUAUUAGCUCGCAAGAACACACAAGAAAAGGACACCGUUUUUCUACACACAACUAUAAGUAAUAUUCGACUUCUUUCUUUUGAAGGAUCUUGCAAUCAGGGGGUUGUUGCAAUCACGGUACAACGGAUCGUAAAGACUUGCGUUAGGUUUUUUGUCUCUCGGUCGCACUUACUUCAUUAAAACGUUUACAUGAUACAUUUCGCGCCGUACGCAUCCCAUCUUGGAACACCGAAAACGUGAAAGCGAAUCGCGUGCGUCGGUUUUGCAAUCCCACCAAAAAAUUUGCACCAAAAAAAAACACGAUUCUACAAACUAUCGAUCCACCAGUCCGAGGAACAACCGAUGGAAAUAGGACGUAAGGGAUGUUAUGAUGGCAAAUGAUUGCAUACCUUCAGGGGCACAUUCAGAUGGUACAGCGCCUGAGGAGUAUGCAAGCAGGGCGUGAGUUUAACAGUCCACAAUCGCUUCAGUUCCUUUUUGUGUCCACUCACAUCCAUCCAUCAGAAGAAUUUUAGUGCUAAGCAAACUGGGAGGUGCAGAAAUCGUGAGUUGUUUUUCUCAUUGUUUUAAAAAGGAGGGAAUUACACUUACAAUUUUACACAUACACAGAAUCGUUUGCAAUCCGCCCCGCCUAGCGCGUUUAUUCCCUCGCAAAACAUUUACACUUACGUCUGCGGCAGUGCAUAGAAGCGCUGUGGGAAACGAACUCUUCGAGGGGUUUAACCCAAGCCACACAUACUCCCACACACACACACUUUCCCACUCAGUUCCGGUUGAUGCGGUUUUGAUGGGAGCUUUAACUUACAAGCAUAUCAUAGCGAUGGGGCAGCAGCGGGCAGCAAGGACAGGUAGGCAGAGGUAGGCAUUCUUAACAUACUUACACGACUAAUACCGCUAACGCAGACGCCGCUAGGGGAAGAAGGAACAGCUAGUACUCCGAGGUGAAUGGGUUGCGCGAAUGGAAGUAAGCAAGGAAGUAGGUUGGCCAUUGCACACGACAAGCGAGCGCGUCAGUGAAACUAACCUAUUUUUUGAUAACAAUUUACAAUACGAUAAGACACACGCAUACACCACUACGUUCCAUGGCGCAUGGCAGGGGGCCAACAAUGGGGCAACGAAACGAACGAUUGGCCAUUGCGCCGCAGCAGGAACGAAUGCGGAACGAAUCGAUUGUGAAUUCGCUAUUCGCUAGCGUUUCAGGAGGUAGAAAUUUUUGAGACGGAAGAGAGGUGGAGGUAGCGUAAUGGAAAAAUGAUUUUGUGUUUGUAAUGAACUAUUCUUAGCAAAGGACAGGAGCUAAUAUGAGAGGAAAAUAUCUUGAGCGGUGGCCUGGUUAUUGAAUUUUAAUUGGGUGUAAAGUUUAAAACCAUGAAUGUAAAAGCGUCAUAAAUCGAAUGAUAAUUUAAUUUUUAAGUUACAUUCUUUUUUAUUGAUAAGCAUUUAUUGAAAAACUUUCAAUAUUAGUUGAACAUUCAAUUCAUUGUGUUUUAUACUUACUACUACUAUAACUUUACUAGUACUGUACUAAAAUAUGUUCGAUUGAUGAGUUAGCAGGCGUUUCAAUCAAACGUAAAGCAGACUCGAUCGCUCAAAUAUCAUGUGUCUAUUCUUAGUACACUUGAUACAUAAAGUACCAUGCGUCUCCAUCGAUCAGUCAGUACACUCAACACAUGAAGUACCAUGCGUCUCCAUCGUUCAGUCAGUACACCCGAUACAUGAAGUACCAUGCGUCUCUAUUGAAUAUGCAGUGUGCUCAUUUGCUAAGCUAACGGGCGUCUCGAUCAUGCCCUCGGUCAGGUAUUUUCCUCUCAUGGUUCCCGUGCUAGAAGCUUAUUUGCAUGAUCUACACGCUCAUCCUAAAACUGUCUGGUACGCUUUUCCUACUACCUACUACCACAGCACCAAAGAUUCGUUAUUUGUAUUGUUUUUACGAAACAAAAAAACUAUUCACAAAUAGAAAACCAAAAUGAAAACAAUGAAACACACAAUAGAAUAGAGAAAUUGUUUUGAAACGGCUAGGACAUUGCUUUUUUGCAACGAAUCUUCUUCACCAACAAAUACUACAACUACUACUACUACUACUACUAAUAUUACAACUAUUGCAACCAUUUGUGAGUUUAGAGCCUUUUUGUCCCCAGAGACACACGAACAAAUGUGUCUAAAAGGAAGCCCUGGGUGGAAGUCUUACUUUGCCAACAUUAUCUUUUCUAGACAGCGCACACAUUUUCCUGUACACUGUUCGUACAUUUUUAUAUGCACACACAUACACACUCUUACACUCACACAUUCAAGCGGAGCAAACUUAGGCUACUGGCGGUAAAGCAAGCGCUAGUGUUGUGUGUGAAACGAAAGGUAAAGAAUAUAGUGAAGCGAUUAGUAAAAAAGAAAACAGCAGCACAAUUGCUUUGUGAAAAGCAGACCACAGCCGGUAACGAUUUGUCGGCAUUCAGAUAGGGGUCCGGCAGCAUUCUAGUUUCGUGCAAGUGGAUAUGCGAAGACGGUGAGGCGGAUAGGAAGGCAGGAAGAAUAUUAAACGUUAGCAUCACACUGUACAAGUAUCCUUUCUAGUGUUUUCAGGGUGAAAGGGACAGCUAAAGGAACCAAAUUAGGUAACUAAUGACAAGCGACAGAAAGCAAGAACGUUUAACAGGCACAACAUUUCAGUCACGAAAAGAAAAACAAGGCGCCGGAAAAACUUUUUGGCAAACUGCCCGAGAGCUUGUAGGUUUGGUUUGUUAGCUAUCUGCUUCUUUUGUUCCUUGCGAAGGCUUGGGAGCGAGUGCAACAGUUACAGCUUUUGAAACACGUUUUAGUGUGUACAUACUAUGGUGAGAAUGGUGAGCCGUGAGAUCGCAAAAAAAAACGAGGCAGAACAUUCAAAUCGGUUUCUUUUAAGAAUUUUCCUUUACGCGUUUUUUGAUACUUUUUUUAAAUUAAACUUGCUAGAGUAAUAAUGUUCAAACAACGAUUUUUCAUUAAUCCCCAAGAUGAAAAUAAAAAAGGUUUCUGGUCUGUUUAAGCAUUGAAGUCUUUUGUACGGUUAUGCACCAAAAGCGCUUUGAAGCGAUUAAUUUAUUUUUCUUUCGGCUUUUUUUUGCACAAAAAUGUGUAAAGUGUUAGACAAAGAUAUUUUGACUCAAUUUUUGAGGGUUACAAAAUACAAUCACGCGUACUUUAUAUAAAUGAUUUGAUUUGAAAUGCAACUACAUGUUACGACCGUAAAAUCGAUACGACGACACCCAUAAAAAAUGAAUCACCAUUAUCGUAACCCUCGCUAUCAAUAACAUUAAAAUCAUGCUAAAGAAGCCGUAAAAUUGCAUACACAAGAUGCAAACGAAGGAGAACAAAUGACACUCAAAGCGCAAAUUGUAAAAGAAUCGUAGGCGUAAUGACCUAUUCCCAUUUUUUCCCUUUAUGCACUGGGGCGCGACACUGUAAAGCAAAAUCGAAUCGUUCAUGGUAACAGGGCUGGAAUGGGCCGAACAUGUGGUUCAGGGCGUCUAUGGUUCGUUUUCCGUUAUUAUCAGUUAUCCUUCCACGACAGCGAAUAACGAAGCUCAAAUGCUCACCAACCAAGCAGCACAUUUCGUUGAGUUGUUGACCAAUGUUUUCCCCUUUCAAAAACUGUUCCAUUCCGCCAUACGGACAGAAGCGAAUGUAAUGUACCCCAAAAACGGAAUGUACCACAAAUCGACACAUUCAAAUGCAUUUAAACAAAAGGCGAGAGGCGAAUAGAAAUAAAAAAAACUAAACUCUUAAAGACACAGACACAGACACUCGGUAACAGAACACAGCUUAAAGCUCGAACUGCGUUGGCACGAAACGCAGACCAGCAAGAGGAACAGCAGGGGGCGAACAGAACAGAACGCAGGAGAUAAUACUCUACAUGUCUCAACCACUGCCACAGCGUACGAAGAUAAUUAACGUGUAAAAGAAGCAGCUUACAAAAACGAAAACCAAAAUAAUAAUUUAAAAAAAAAACAUUCCCGAAACGAAUUGUGACUUGCGAGAGAAAAAAAGGAGCAAAAAAAAUACUAAUGUAGCAAAACAAAAACAAACGAAACCCUUAACCCUUACCACCACCACCAGUUGGCGAGCGAAUGGGGUUAGCGAGUGGGGAAAGGUAGGUAAAGUAAAUCGUCAUUCCCUUUAUCGUCAUACAGCAGCAGCAGUAGUGGAACAAAAGAAAGAAAACAGAAACAAAAUUAAAUAAAAGAAGAUAACAAAAUUACACCGAAUUGGAGCAAGAAGAUAAGAAGACAGGAGGAGAAAGCUAGAACAAGUGGUAAAAUUGAUCGUCACAGUACAUGCAAACUGCUACGGCUAAUGUAUUGUAGGAGCGAAAGUGUGCAGAGAAAUUGAGAAACAAAAUGAGAGGAGAGAGGAAAAAGGAAACACAUACACAAAUACCGCUGUACGAUUGAAGCAAAACAAAAAUCACUAGUAAUCCACGUGAAUGAAAUGCGAAACACAGUGAAAAACAUUAGUGAAAUACCCUAAACCCAAGCAGCUACAUACACACAUUAACAUAACUAGUGGAGGAAAUAGAACGAACGAGAAGGAAGAAGAAGAAAACAACAGCAAAAACCCAAACAACAAUAGCAAAAGAAAUACGUGAGAAGAAAACUCAGAAAAGGAAAGGAAACGCGUAAAAUUACAACCAACCACGAUCAAUCCCGCAUAAAAGGAGCAUUGAUGCGAAACACGAGAACAAUUGAACGGAGUAAGAAAGUGCGGGGUUGGAAGAAAUGAAGAAUGGAAAAGUAAAAGUAAACAACAAACAAACAAAAAAACGGUAAAAUAUUAAUGAAUAUUUAAAAGAUAUGUUAUGAAUAUAUAUAUAAAUAUAUACAUGAUAAAUAUUGAAAACAAAA